GUUGGUCGUAUAUAUUUGGUGACCAUGUUCAGAUCCGAUAGUUCCAAAUAUUAUUAAAAGAGCACUCUGUUGCCAUACAUUUGUAUGUGAUAUUUGGGAAGGAUGAUGUCGUGGUAAAAAUGUUUUGACGUAACGUUACUGAAUAUCUAUGAAUUGUCAAAAUCAUAAAAGUGAGUUUUGGAACGAGAGAAUUAUGCAUAUUGCAAACUUUUGGCACUGUCUAUAGGUAUACUGGUGAAAUGAUGGCGGCAGAAGGUGAGGAGUGUGAGCUCCAGCAGCUGGUUCCGCCGGAUGAUGACUCCCGAUUGAUGAGCAAGUCUGGUGAAGUGACACCACCAGUAACUGCUGUUGUGAGCAAGGUGACUCAAACCUCUCCCACUUCCCCUGACAGUAACAAGGUGUCAUCCAGCGCAGGAAGUGUACGAGGAACCCAGAGCCAAGGGUCAGGGGGUUCACGCAAUCCGAAUAGAAUGUCAGCAGCACCUAUUUUGGGAACAUCUGCAGUUACAUCACCAGCAGGUUCUGUUAGUGGAAAUCAGCACACAAAGUUCCUUUACGUGAAUGAAAGAUUGUCCCGUGGUCCUUCUAUCAUGCUAGACAACUCUUCACGCUCUUCACGUGAGCCAAGAUUGAAUCCAGUAGCAGCCCGACUACACAAUACCAAGAAAGGCAAAGACAUGGGUGCAAGUCGGCGCUCGUGUCAACACCAUUCUUUUCUCUCAGAUGUAACAGAUGUUCGGCGUAUGGAGGCAGCUCUACUGCAUCUUCUUGAAGACUUCCAUUCUGGCAAAUUGCGUGCUUUUGGUAAAGAUUGCAGCAUGGAACAGAUGACAGGGAUCCGGGAGCAACAGGAACGACUGGCAAGGCUGCAUUUUGACCUCGGAGCUCAACAGGAACUGUAUGCUCCCCUUAGUGAUGAAGGAUUGCGUGCUGGCCAGGAGAAUAUGCAUCGGCUUAUGGAGAGCCUACAGCAGCUCAGUGUAUGUAUCGAGAAACUGCACUCCUUCUCCAGUGACAGCCGAGACAGUAGUUUAUUACAAGAUUAGUAUCACCAGAACUCUCACAACAAAAAACUACAGUGGAACCUUGCUUAACGAGUAAUUCACAUAACGAGCAAAACAAAUUGUAAAAAAAGACUCGCAUAACGAGUG